GAGAUAAACCGCAGCGUAACAGGGGCUGUUUGUGGGGAAAUAACACUGCUUGGCACGAGGAGCUUCUUAUCACUUUUUAACUAGAAAAUUAUUGUCUGAGUCAUCAUGCCUCGUGGAGGACUUCUGACCACUUUUUUAUGGUCUGUGUUAGCACAUAGGUGUCAUGCCUGACGGUGGAGAAACGAUGUUAUUCGUUAUAGCUGUUGUCAGUGUUUAUUUGGCGUCUGUUGUCGGUGUAACUGACUCCACUCCAGACUCGUGGUAUGUUGCCGCUGUUUAUGAGCACAAAGUAAUCCUGAACCCGCACCCGCGCGUGCCCGUGUCCCGCCACGAUGCUCUGCAGCACAUGCAGAAAAACCUGGAUAUCUACGAGGAGCAGGCAGCCCGGGCAGCCCAGCAGGGGGCCCAGAUCCUGGUGUUUCCAGAAGAUGGUAUUCAUGGAUUUAACUUCACUCGAUUAUCCAUCACUAGCUACCUGGAAACCAUUCCUGACCCUCAGGAGGAGAGCUGGAAUCCAUGCAUGGAGCCAGAAAGACACAACAACACUGAGGUUCUCCAGAGAUUGAGCUGUAUGGCUCGUCGUAACAACCUUUACCUGGUGGCCAACAUGCCCGACCUGCAACCCUGUCCCCUGAAGACCAGCCCCUCCUCCACCUGUCCUCCUGAUGGGCACUGGCAGUUCAACACAAAUGUGGCUUUCAGGUCAGAUGGCCUUCUGGUGGCACGCUACCACAAACACAACCUAUACUUUGAGGCCUCCUGUGACACACCUCCAGAACCUGAAAUCAUAACAUUUGACACUCCUUUUGCUGGGAAGUUUGGCCUCUUCAUCUGCUUCGACAUCCUCUUUAAUGAUCCUGCAGUGCUCCUAGUGCAGAGGGGUGUGCGUCAGUUGAUCUUUCCAACAGCCUGGAUGAACCAGCUCCCCCUGCUGGAUUCAAUCCAGUUUCAGCAGGCAUUCAGCCUGGGUGCCAACAUCACCCUACUAGCUGUCAACAUUCGUAAUGACAGGCUCAUCAUGACAGGAAGUGGCAUCUAUACCCCUUUUUCUGCCACCUACCACCACGCCAGGAAAGGAGACCCAGAGGAAGGCAGGCUGCUGGUGGCCAGAGUGCCAGUUUUGGAGCCACUUGAGGUAAAACAAAGUGCAGCCAAAGAGGUGGAGGCUGAUGGUGGUGAGUCAACAAUAUCAGUGGCUACAGACUCCGGAUACUGCUACCAAGAUCGCUGUGAUGACCCUCCUCCUCCCUCCUACCCCACCUUCAUCUCCUCUAUGAUGUAUGACACAUUUACAUUUGUCCUCUUAAACGAGACACAAAGUGACGUUAAAGUGUGCAACGGCACUUUCUGCUGCCGCCUGCAGUACAGGUGGUUACUGCAAGACCAUAAAGAGCUCUAUGCUCUCGGUGCAUUUGCAGGAACACACACUGUCAACGGACGUUACGCACUGCAGGUUUGUGCAGUAGUCCGUUGUGGAGGUUUGGAUCAGAGCUCUUGUGGACAGGAAGUGGAAGAAGCAGAGUCUAAAAUGGACUUCCUGUUGGAGGGGAACUUUGACACCAAAUACGUGUACCCAUCCAUUCUGACAAGACGAAUGGUCCUGGAGCAGCCCGAGAGUCUGGAGAAAGCUGCAGAUGGGAGAGUGACCAUGAAACAUUCAAACACGAAGGGUGGCCUGGUCACUGCCUGCCUGUAUGGACGAAUGUACCACCUGGACAAUGAAUAAAGUUUGGAGGGAUCAGGAAAAUAAAGUUCAGUGUUAUGGUUAAGAGCUGCUUCAACCUUCAGCUGUUACACAUUUGUUUUAUGUCUUAUAAAAUAAACCAAAACAAAUGUC